UCAGAGGAUCCGUCAGACUGUAAGUACAUUUUCACUGAUUUACAGAGAAACCCUGUUUCCCUUCAGUGCGGCUGCAGUAAUCCUUUAAGAACUCUCACCAGACUCCAUGCAAAUAUUUCACCUUUUUAGAGUUCAGUAUAAACCUCUGCUGCAGCUCUCCUGUCGGGUUACGUGUUUUUAUAAGGAUAAUGCAAACACAGUACUGUGAUUUAUGAAGGACUGACACCAGAACCUGCAGCUACAAAGUUCUUUCUGAUGGAACUGAAACCCUAAUCCUGAAAACACAAGACAUCCGUCUCUUUUAUUAUUAUUGUUUUUGUUAUUAUACAUUUAUGAUAAAUCUAUGCUGGCCUGUAAAAUCAGUUUAAAACGUUGAAAUUUGGAAGUGAAAAUACCAAAACAACACAAGACAAGAGAAGAAGAUGGGCUUUGAUGAUCUGCUGGAGCAGGUGGGAGGGUUCGGCAGGUACCAGUGGCUCCAUGUGACUCUGAUCAGUAUACCUGGUUUGAUGAUUGCGAGUCAGAACCUCCUGAACAACUUUGUCUCAGGAAUCCCCGCCCACCACUGCAGCCUGCCGGCCAAUCACAGCAGCCUCUACAACCUGUCUCACUACCAGGUAGACGAGAAGCAGCUUCUGAAAGCGUUCAUCCCUAUGGACUCUUCAGGAACUAGACUGGACCGCUGCAAGAGGUAUGUGGAGCCUCAGUGGCAGCUGUUAGCCACUAACCACUCAGCUAACGUUAGCCAGCUACAGACGGAAGGAUGUUUGGAUGGAUGGACGUUCGACCGCUCCGAGUUUCUCUCCACCACCGUCUCCGAGUGGGAGCUGGUGUGUCCUCUGCGUCCUCUCAAACAAAUGAUUCAGACGAUCUAUAUGGGUGGAGUUUUAGCAGGAGCCAUUAUCUUCGGCGGUCUUUCAGACAGGUUCGGGAGGCGGUCUAUCCUUAUUUGGUCGUACCUGCAGCUCGGCAUUCUGGGUUGUAGCGCUGCCCUCUCUCCUUCAUACUCCGCCUACUGUGUCUUUAGGUUUCUGAGCGGGAUGGCGGUGUCCGGAGUCAUCCUGAACGGAGUCUCACUGAAGGUGGAGUGGAUUCCGACUAAAGAGAGGACGUUAGUGGGAACGCUCACUUCCUUCUUCUUCACCUUCGGUCAGAUGAUUCUGGCGGGACUCGCCUAUUGGCUGAGAGACUGGAGGAAGCUGCAGGUGGUCGUCUGCGCCCCCCAGUUCCUGUUCUUUGCCUACAGCUGGUGGUUCUCGGAGUCGGCCCGUUGGUUGGUUCUGAACCGUCGUUCUGAGGAUGCGUUGAAGUCUCUUCACCGAAUUGCUCACAUCAACGGGAAGAAAGAAAUAAUCGACAAGUUAACACUAGAGGUUCUGAACUCCCACAUGAAGAAGGAAAUGGACUCGAGUCGCUCAACGCACACUGCAUACGACCUGCUGAGGACAAGAGGGAUGAGACGCAUCUCCAUCUGCCUGCUGGUCGUGUGGUUCGCCACCAGUUUUGCGUACUACGGUUUGGCAAUGGACCUGCAGAAGUUCGGGGUGGGUAUCUAUCAGAUCCAGCUCAUCUUCGGAGCCGUGGACUUUCCCGCCAAAUUGAUGGCUCUGGGCAUGCUCAGUUACCUCGGGAGGAGGGUCUCUCAAGCCACCUGCCUCUUCCUGUCAGCCCUCAUCAUCUUUGCCAACAUCUUCGUCCCGACAAACAUGCAGACCAUCAGGACCACGCUGGCCUGUCUCGGUAAAGGUUUCACCUCGGCCUCCUUCACCACCAUCUACCUGUACACCGGAGAGCUGUACCCGACCAUCAUCAGGCAGACGGGGAUGGGCUUCGUGUCCACCAUGGCGAGAGUUGGCAGCAUGGCGGCUCCCGCUGUCCUCAUCCUGGACGAGGUACUCCCUGCUCUGCCCAGUGUGGUAUACGGGGGGGCGGCGGUGAUAGCUGGUUUCUUCGCAUGCUUCCUGCCGGAGACGCUGAACAUGCCUCUGCCCGACACCAUCGAAGACGUGGAGGAGAAGUGGUCUGGAAAAAAAAACCCCACCCCCUGCCAACAGGAAGAGGGUGUGUCUUUAAAAGACGGUGGAGUCUCAACUGAAGGCGUGGCUUUAAAAGAACUGAAGGAAGCAGAAGGGACGGGACUCAACGUGCUCUGACCAAUCACACAGCUUUACAGAACCUCCCCCAAUCACACGGCUGGAGUCAUUAAUGACAAAAUAAUAAACAUUUUGUCAAUUUAACCUUUAUUUUAACUGGGAAAUACAUUGAGGUAGUGACAUCACUGAAAAUAUAGAUGGGAAACGAUGUAAUCAACCUGAAGAACGACUUCUGUGUGAAGUUUUUCUGUGAAAAAAUAAUUUUACAGAGAAAAAUAUCACAAUAAUUUUAAAUUAGUCUAAAAAGACAGAUGUUUAAUUAGAAUUAUUGAUUAGUGAAGUUAGAACAUUGAUUUCUGUCAUUAAUAUUGAUCCAUAACAGUGUAACACACUAAUAAAACUGAUUAAUAUUACA